CGAUUCUAGAUUUAAUUUUGGUUUGGAGAUGCUUAAUGUGAGUCUGGAAGGAAGGUUUACGGUCUAAACAGAUACCUAGGUAGUUGUCCACAUAUUCUAAGUCAGAACCGCCCAGAGUAGUGAUGCUGGACGGGCGGGCAGGUGCAGGCAGUGAUCGGUUGAAGAGCAGGCAGUGAUCAGUUGUGAAUGUAUAAUUAUGAUCUUCACUUUUUAUUUUUCUGAAAAAAAGUUAAUAAAAAGGUAAAUAGUAAACAAACUGUAGUAAUAAAUAUAGUGAGAGCAAGUUUGACAGGCUUCUUAGCUAGUUAAUUUUGGUCAAUGCAUUUUGCACUCAUUCUCCUUGUCUUAUUUGUAACAUAUUCACGCCCUCUCUCCUGUGAGCUAACGUUCUUAGCUACCUAGCUAGCUAACCCAUACUACAGUUAGUUAGCAAGCCAACCAGCUUCACGGUAGGUACCCAGAGAGUAACAUUGAUGUUGGACUCUAGCUAGUUAAUUUAAAAAAAUGUCUGUCAAAAAACAAUGACUCCACACCGGUUACCAGAAAAAAUAGCUAACCGUAGUUAGCUAGACCGAUACAGUAAGCUAGCUAACAGUACAACUAUCAAAUAUGUUAUCCCUGCUUUCCUAUCUAAUUAACUAGUUAGCUAGCAACUAAGUUAGUGUUAACGUUAGCUAGCUAGCAUGCAAGUAUCCAGGCAGAGUUUCUUAUGUUAGCAUAGAGACAAUAAUAGUUUGCGACAUUAACAGAAACGGAUAAUUAAUAUAACAACCUUAUCAGAUUACAAACGUUUUCAGAAAUGUUGAACUUACAAUUAUCCGCGUGUCGUUGUGUUACAGUCUUGAGGAACAAACGUCGGGUGAAUGACUCGCUCUUUCUGCUUCUCCCAGUUUUGAGGCAUGACGGUUAUACAUUGUAAUAAAUUCCAUUGUGAUAUUGUAAACUAAAGAUUUGAAAUUACAGGUAAUUUUCAGUCAUUCUGUCUAUAUCAGAACAUCGAACAAGCUAUUCGAUGUAUUUUUUAUUUUAAAUCAAUAUAUUUGAUUGUGUAUAUCAAAAAAAGAUUCAAACGUAUACUGUAUAAUUGUAUUCGUGUAUCUCAUGCAUUUCAAUGAGUACAAGCUGAUCAGGCUGACUUUCGGCUAUAUUUGGAUCAAAACAGACGGACAAUUUUGGGCGAAAUAAAGUCUAUGAUGAACGUCGCCACUGAUGCCAUGGCAAAACCAGCGUGAAAUUCCCCUUUAACCUGUAGUUGUUGGCUUUAUUCAAUGCAGGAUUCUACAUGCAGGAGUUAGUCCGUAGCGGGGGUGUCUGGUUUUAGGUAGGACAUAUAGCGAAGCGGAAGUGCUGUUCGAGUCUUAUGGCUCCCAGUUGAGUAAAGUUAGUAAGAAUGAAUGGAAGACGGAGACAACGAAAAAUUGAGCAAACCGACCAAAAGUUGUAAACAAACAUUGGUUUCUUUUGGAGCGCGAUUCAUCAACAAUUGUGUAUUUUGGGAGAUAAUUUGAGGUCAGGAAGAUGGUAAAGGAGGCAUGAGCAAAGGUUGAGUCAGUCAGAGUGACCAGUAGUGGUUUUGAUUUGAUUUCAUGCGUCUCAGAAGAGUAGAAGGAGAGAGCAUUGUUUUUCGGAGCAGGGCACCGAUAAAAUUUGUUAUCUGGAGUUUCGUUGGAGGAGUGAAGAGUGUCUGCCUACUCAUGUGAUGCUGCGAUAUGUAAAAUACGCAGUGAGAGCUAUUGUGAAUAAACCACAGCAGUUAUGACAUUGAUAAAAUAAUGGCCAUGUUUCAAGUGUGGUAUUUAUUAGGAUCCCCAUUAGCCGCUGCAAAAGUAUCAGAAUUGUUCAAACAACGGCUUGGUCUGCUUCACAGGCGUUCUCUGAAGUCUCGCGUUGUUACGUCUCUGGGUUUAGAAACUGGUAGUGGGGAGAACAGGGAGUUCCGCGCAGGCGCGCAUCAUUCUUCAGAAUAAAGGACAUUUCAGAAUUGUGGAGUCGAGACUACAACUUCUGUGGCCAUUUCAAAUGUAUUACUACUGUGAGACCAAACCUACAGUCAUUGGGUUCUGAUUGUGACAGUGGAGCCCAGUUUGCACUGCAGGGUCCAGAGAUGGCAUCAGUGAAGCUGGAAGACUGCAGUCAAACACUGGAACUGAAUGCCAACAUUAAAGAUGAAGAAGAGGAGGAGAAGAUUGGGACAUCUGUUUCUCAUGGUAUGAGGCCGGUAACAUCAACAGUGAGGACAAACCCAGCCUGCCUCUCUCCUUCCACACUGAGUAGAAACCUUCAGUCACUGGGUCCUGAUUGUGACAGUGGAGCCCAGUUUGCACUGCAGGAUCCAGAGAUGGCAUCAGUGAAGCUGGAAGACUGCAGUCAAACACUGGAGCUGAAUGUCAACAUUAAAGAUGAAGAAGAGCAGGAGGAGAUUGGGACAUCUGUUUCUCAUGGAAACCAUGUUGACACAUUCUCUACAUCCAGAGAGCAACAGCAGGAAGAUCAUAGAGCUAAGAGGUCUCAUCACUGCCCACAUUGUGAGGAGAUUUUCCCAUUUCUAUCAAAGCUGAAAAUACACCUAAAAAUACACACAGGAGAGAAUCUGUAUUCCUGUACAGACUGUGGGAAGAAUUUCACAACAUUAAAGGUUCUGAUCAUUCAUCAGAGAGUGCAUGAACGGAUACACACAGGAGAAAAGCCUUACUCCUGCUCUGACUGUGGAAAGAGUUUCUCUCUACUGAGCAACUUAAAACGACAUGAACGCAUACAUACAGGAGAGAAGCCUUACUUAUGCUCUGACUGUGUAAAAUGCUUCACAACAUCAACUGAGCUAAAACGUCAUCAAAGAACACACACGGGAGAGAAGCCUUACUCCUGCUCUGACUGUGGAAAGAGUUUCUCUCAACUGAGCAACUUAAAAGCACAUGUACGUAUACAUACAGGAGAGAAUCCUUACUCCUGUUCUGAUUGUGGGAAGAGUUUCUCUCUACUGAGCAACUUAAAAUCACAUGAACGUAUGCAUAAAGGAGAGAAGCCUUACUUAUGCUCUGACUGUGUAAAAUCCUUCACAACAUCAACUGAGCUAAAUCGUCAUCAGAGAACACACACGGGAGAGAAGCCUUACUCCUGCUCUGACUGUGGAAAGAGUUUUUCUCGACUAAGCACCUUAAAAAGACACCAAGGUAAACAUAAAGGACCACUGAUCUGACUGUGGAAAAUGUUUUAAAACAACAGCUGAGCUAAAAGGUCAUCAGAGAACACACAUAGGAGAGAAGCCUUACAUCUGCUCUGACUGUGCAUCAAGUUUCUUCUGUGCCCCUUAAAAUGACUUGAACGUGUACACACACGCACUGACUGUGAGAAGAGAUUCUACAGAUUGAGCCAUUUAAAAGGACACCAAUGUGUACAUAAAGGAGAGAAGCCUCAUCAGUUCUCUCAGACCAGCUAAGAUUAGACACUCCACUUAAUUCUCAUAUCAUUAAAUAAUUGGCAACGUUGAAUUGGAUCAAAUGAAGAAAGCGUAGAACACUCUAUUGUAAUCCUAUAGUUUCUCACUGUGAGAGAACUGUGCAGAGGAAAGGGAGCGUUAUAGUAUGUUAGCCUCUCUUUACUUCGCUAAUCAGUAUGCACCUUGUCAGUUUUGGUGUGUUUUGUUAGCUUCUACUGUAAAGAUAUUGAGAUGACCUUGGAUUUGCCCUUAGGGUUGAGUAUCCUCUGUGAGGCCUCUCACAAUGGAGUUGUUGACUGGGUGGUACUGCUUCUCUCUGUAGUUUUCUGUGGGAAAGAGCUGAUUGACACAACAUGUACAGAGUGUACAAAACAUGAAGGAUGCCUGCUCUUUCCAUGACAUAGACUGACCAGGUGAACCCAGGCGAAAGCUAUAAUCCUUAAUGAUGUAGUUUUUAUUAUGGAUUUAUUAUGGAUCCUCAUUAGCUUUCAGCAGAAAACAAGAGACUGCAGUUGAAGUGGUGUAAGGAAUUAAGACUGGACGCUGGAGAAUUUGAAAAACAUUGCCUGGUCUGAUGAAUCCUGGUUCCUGCUGUUUCACACUGAUGUGAGGACUAGUAUAUGGAGGAAACCACGAGUACAUACAUCAUGCCUCUUGUCAUCUUUGCAGGCUGGUGGUGAUGGUGUGGAGUUUGUUUUCAGGGCACACACUGGGCCCCUUGAUAGAAGUGGAACAAAGUUUGAAUACCACAGGAUAUCUAAACAUCAUUGCCAAUCAGGUGCCUCCCUUCAUGGCAACAGUGUAUCCAUCUGCAAAUAGAUUUUUUUCAGCAGGAUUAUGCCCCAUGCCACAAGGCUUGUCCAGGAAUGGUUCAAAGAACAUGACAGUGAAUUCAGCUUACUGCAGUGGCCUGCCGAGUCACCAGAUCUCAAUCCAAUUGUGCAUCUGUGGGAGGAGAUGAAACAAGCUAUUCGGAGUAGAGAUCCACUCCCAGCCGACUUGACACAAUUGUGGGAAGAAUUGGGCCAGAAUCCCUGUGGAACGCUCUCAACACCUUGGACAGUCCAUGUCCUGAUGAAUUGGGGCUUAUUCUGAGGACAAGGGGGGGGGGGGGUGCAACUCAAUAUUAGGAAGGAGUUCCUAAUAUAUUGUACACAGUGUAUAUCAGAUAAAGAUGGUGUGAUGAUCCGGUUUUAGCGUUAGUUUGGGUGGAUUAUUUUCUAUUACUCAACUUGUGUUUAAUGAUAAACGGUCUAUGAAUCUACUUGUGUUUAUUAAAUUGUAUUUUAAUAGUAGAUUCAUUAUUUUAGUCAUUGAUGAUGGAUGUAUUUGAAUAACUGUGUUGAAGUUAAUUGAUCUGGCGGCAGGUAGUUUUACAGACGUGUUUAAUACGUCUUAUUUAUACACUUUUGUAAUAUUUAUGAAAUGCAUAUUGUUAUAUUUGGUAGUACUUAUUUGUUUUUCCUUUGUCUCCAACCCCUUUCGAUGUGUGGAACGGAUGUGGGUGGGGCUAGGUCUACAUAAGGGUGCUAAUUUCAGAAAAUUCACAAAAGCUCUGACGAAGGCCGUGAGGCCGAUACGUAACCUUAUUAAAUAUCAGUGAUACUAUCAAGA